AUGGAAAACCCAUACGAACAAGUGCAUCAAAGCAUCCUGUCGCGGAUUGUGAACAACGUUGAACGAUUGAAUGAAAGUGUGAUUACGUUGAAUCAAGAGCUACAGCACAUCAACGCCCGGAAUAAGAAUUUGCAAAUAAUGGGCCAGAUGUGCGAGAACUAUCACAAGAGUGUGCAGUUCAACAUGAGUGCUACAAAUAACAAACGUGAGCCGCUGUAG